ACAUGCCUUCAUUUGAAUCAAAGAUCAGCAUCCGUGGGCCGUGGCUGGCCACCAUUGAAGUACUAGGUUUGAAAGCUCCUGAAACUCUGCUCUGUAUCUGCUUGUAAUUGAACAAACCAUCAGACACUUCACCACAGAUGGAGGAAGUCAAAACUCUUGCCGACAGCUGGGUGUGUUUUUCUCCAUGAGACGAAGACAGACCAUGAGAACCUCCUCUGCGUGCAUCAUUGUUCACCUUCAGCUGCCUGUUCAUCUUCUCUGAGAUUGUAUAAGUUCAGAAGAUGGAUAAAGAAAAAUUCAUCUUGUUGUUGCUUCUGACUAUCAUAACAGCAGCAGGUUCUGCAGCAGUGCCAUCAUUUACAUUCACUCGCUCACAGCUGACAGCCACAGAGGGAUCCUGCGUUCCAAUCCAGGGGAGUUUCACAGGACAUCUCAGUGAAAAUGCCUACUGGGCUUGGUUGAAGGAUCCAGUGUGGGUCGGUGCAGGUGAGGACUUCUCAGGAACUGUUGUUUACAGUACAGACCCCACAAAACGCCCCAUCAGUCCACAGUAUAGCAACAGAGUGACUUACCAAAGAGCAGAGAAACAGCUCACCAUUUCGAUCUGCAACCUGAACAAAAAUGAUGGUGGAAGCUAUUCUUUUGGAUAUUUCCCAUCAAGAGGGGAGAAAUGGAGCUCAGAGCCUGUUCUUCUGUCAGUCCAAGCGAACCCAUGCCUCAUCAGGUUUGAGGAACCGGCUCCUGUUACAGAGUCCAGCUCAGUGACUCUCCACUGCUCCACCUCGUCCUCGUGCCCCUCCCGUCCUCAAAUUCAACCUCUCGACCAACGAGGAAUCUCAGUGCAACCUCAGGGUGAUGGACACAGCACGACAGCAACUAGCAACUUCACAGCCAGCUGGCAGGACAAUGGGAGGCAGUUCUCCUGUCAGACUCAAGGCAACACCGACCCAAACUUGAUCCGCAGUGUCACUCUAACUGUCAAAUUCUCCCCAGAAGUUGAGAUCACAGCAUCUGCCACAUCAAUCCAGCGAGGACAGAGGAUGGAUUUAAGAUGUACAGUGAAGAGAAGCAACCCAGACGCCACAAGCUUUCAUUGGCAGAAGGAUCAGCGAGAUGUAUCUAUGAGUCAGACUUACACAGUAAUAUCCAUCCAGCCUGAGCAGGCAGGUUUUUAUACCUGCACUGCCUGGAACUCCAUUGGUGCUGGAACAUCAGACCCGCUUCAGAUUCAGGUUGAAUGGUUUGCUGGGAUCUUGAGUGGCUCUAGAUGUGAGCGGGACUCAGCAGCUCUCACUUGUGUCUGUGGCAGUCAGGGCCACCCCUUACCCUCCAUCUCCUGGCCGCUGCUGACCGACCACAGUGACUCUCACAUCCAGACCAACGUAUCAGGAGAUGAAAUCUGGAGCAGCUUCAGUGUGAAAGAUGGCCACAGUGUGAAGACUGUUGUGUGUGUUGUCACUCAUGAGAACGGAGAAACAAAACAGGAACUUCUUGUUCUGAAUCAUGAGAGUUCCUUGACAAAGUUUUUGAAAUUGGAAUUCCUGAUAGCAUUUUUGACCAGGAUUGUUUUGUCUGCAGUCAUUUUCUUCCUGUUUCACCAAUACUUCAGUAAAAAAGAGUUUGGAAGACCAGAAGAAACGGCUGAGAUGGCGAACAUGGCAGAUGAUCCACAGACAGAUGACGGUUAUCAGCCGGUGGACAUCGAACUGGAAGAAUGAAGCCCAGCACGUGAACAUGGAGAGGGAGAGAAGCAGAUGAGAACCUGGACAACAGAGGGCGCUGGACUCAAAUAUUUAACCCUCAGACAGAGUGAAGUCAGAUGCCAUCUGUUGCUGUGUGUCAAUGCAGAAGUGCUGUGCUUAUCUAAACAGCUACAAGACUAGAGUCAUGUUUGCAAAGUGCAUCAGGCUGAUGGUCAUAAUGUUAAAGUUGGAUGUGUUUAAGUGGUGAAUCAGUGGCUUGUUUGGUUUUUGCCUAAAGUAUGAAUCUGUAGAAAAUGUCUCGCCUAUACAGCCUGUUCCUGAUACUGGCAA